GUAGUUUAUGGUUAAUGAGCACAGCUGGCUGGAAAGUUCUAACAGCUGCUAUCUCCUCAGCCUAGGACUUACCUGAUGAAUCAUAACAGGUUUGACAGGGUAGAAGGGUGUUAUUUAUGUUAGGGGCAAGCCAGUGGCCUACUUUAGUUGAAUUUUGUCCAUGGGCUACCAUUUGCCACCCUGUACAUUAGUCAGUGAAAAAUCACUUGCACAGGUAUAUCACAUUGUUUUAAAUAUGCUUGGGUUGUGCUUUCAGGCAUCGUCAGUACUAUGUGCUUAAAAAAAACUACUGCCCUAAAUUGAAGAUCUGAUUUAGCAUGCUCUUUAAAAAACUAAAAAACUUACUUACAAAAUUUAAAGUGUGCCUUCUUCAUUUUAUGUGCUGUGUAAAUAUCUGAAAAGUUUCUCCAAUAAUAAUAAUAAUAAUAAUAAUAAUAAUAAUAAUAAUAAUAAUUUAUUAUUUGUACCCCGCCCAUCUGGCUGGGUUUCCCCAGCCACUCUGGGCGGCUUCCAUAGAAACAAAAAAUACAGUAAAAUAUCACAGAUUAAAAGCUUCCCUGAACAGGACAAUAGCCAAAAGUACUUGAACUAAAAUAUUUGAAUGGGGAAUAGGGAAAGCAACAAAAUGCACUUUGUGCGGUUUUAAUGUCAUAUUAAAAUAAAAUGCACAGCUUUACUUGGAAAUUAUUUUUAUUGGAAUAUUUUAAGAUAUUGUACCUCAAUAGCAUACACUUCCCAUAUAUUAUCUAGAUAUUUUAACAAUAAAAUCCUACACGUUUACUCAAAGUUCCACCGAUCAUUGAGGCUUACUCCCCAAUAAGUGUGUUUAGGAUUGGAGCGUGAAGGGAUAAAAUAAAAGUGCUGAAAACUCUUAUUAAAAUUCCUGGAAAAUGGUAAUUUCAAGUUUUAGAUUUUAACAUUAUUGCCUCCAUUCCAUUUCCCCAAUUUAACUGGAAUGUAUAUUGUGUUUUCAUUAUGUUACUAAAUAAUUUUAUGAAGCCAUGUAUAAAAGCGGAACCUUUUCUGCAGAAAAAAAUUCACUACAUAUCACCAAACAUCCUGCAAAAAAGGCCCCCAUGUUGAUGAAGUGGAAGAUCAUAGAAGAAGCGUUUUUAUAAACAAUGCUUAGAACAGAAGAGGACUAUAUAAAGAAAGUGACUACACCAAUAUCAUUUCAGUGCUGAGCCAUUUCAUUUUACCAGGUUUUAAAACUUGAACUAGUUUUAAUUGUUUUAUGCCGCUGUAUUAAAACUUCAGGGGUUUUUUGAGUAUGUUUUCAUUCUGUUGUUUUAUUUUAUUUUUUUUGCAAGAUGCCCCGGGAACCAAGGCAAAGGGUAAAAACAAGAAAGCUUCAUAACUCCUCCCUUCCAAGUUGAAGAAAAACACUCAGGUUCCUCCUCCUGCGGUUGCCGUACAAGAUGGCGGCGCCCAGUUCGGUCUACUCUAUGGCGUCCUAGCAACAAGAACGAAGUAAUACGUCGACGCACUUCCGGGUCUUGGCGCCGGCGCUUGAACUUUGACCCGCGCAAUAGCGUGUGCUUCCUCUUCCGGUGCCGGCUCCCACUCCAGGUAAGAGCAAUUCAGUCUGUCUCUUUCGGGGAGCUUUUAUUAAUCCGUUUCCAUCCGCGGCAGGGAGGGCUUGAGGGGCCUUGCGGGUACGUCGGAGGGUACUUGGGAGCUUGGGGUGAAGGACGAGGGGUGUAUGGCGGCGGGCAAGCUAGGAGAGGCCGGCGCCUGGGUGGGAGUCUUGCGUGCAGGCCUCUCCGCCUCGCACAGGCUUGAGCGAGGCCUUGCAGUCUGCGAAGCCGCGCAGAGCUAUGAAUAAUCGCGGGCUCUCCAGUUCUCUCGCACUCGGGCGGAAGGCUAAAUAAAAUGUGUUUUCUCCCUAUCCAACGGCGCGUUCGAUGCCCAGUUUUCACUGCGAGAAAUAAAGGGCCCAGGACAUAUUAUUUAGCAUCUGGGUUCGGUCUCUUCCUUCUCCAUGCAGAAUCACCGGGGAAUUGAUUUUGAGAUAUUCUCCCUUAAAAAUGCGGGGUAAUUGGCGGUGGGUGGGUGGGGGAAGAAACCACACCGAACUGCAAGAGUGAUGUGCCUGUGGUUUCUGAAGCGUUGGCUUGGGUGAGAGUUCCAAGUACAGCACUUAACUUCUGCCAUGAAGUUCACCAGUCUUGUGGUCUCGCUAAACCUCACUGGCCUUCCAGGGUUGUUUUGAGGGUAGUCAGAUAAACCCUAAGCAAUACAUUUAGUUCAUUGGAGGAAUGGCAAAUGUGAUCAUACACCACCUUGAUUGCAAACUGUGUUGCUGUAACAGUGUGGUAAAAUGGCUAACUGCUUUGGGGUGUUGUUGCUGUUUUACAAUCAAGCAAUAUGUUAAUUUUACGAAAUAAAGUAUGAGACUUGAAUUGGGAAGAACUUUCAUGUGCCAGUUAUUAUGUUACCUCUAUCUCAUUUGAAUGACAGAAUAGUUAUGUAACACUGGCAAUUGGAGUUUGUGUGUGUGUAUUCUCUCUGUCUCAUACUCUGCUUAGAAUUCUGCCUUCUCUCACUGUAUUUUCUUUCCUUGUAUAGACAAAAUGGUCCAGCGUCUAACAUACCGACGUAGGUUGUCCUACAACACAGCCUCUAACAAGACCAGGCUGUAAGUAAAAUCCUCCUAUUAAAUGAUUGUAUUAUUGUUAAAUAAAUUUUAUAACACUUAAAUUAAAUGACUGUUUCUUUGGUUGAUGCAGAUCCCGGACACCAGGCAACAGGAUUGUUUAUUUGUACACCAAGAAAGUGGGCAAGGCACCGAAGUCUGCAUGCGGUGUGUGCCCAGGAAGACUUCGUGGUGUAAGUGUAUUCUCUUCUUGUGUUGACUGGCAUCCUAGAUAAAGACAGGAACUCUAGCUCAUUGCCCACUUUAUAUUGGAAAAUCUGGUAUAUGUGGUUCUUAGGUAAAUCUCCCCCCCUCCCCCAUCUUGCCUGUAAAAAUCUAAAGUGUUGCAUAGGCAAUUGCUUGUUAAUACAUUUGCAAUUUCAUUGUUGGCAUGAUGCUCAAGCCAGUGCCUAAUGCACUGUUGGACUAUAACAAUGUAGGUCAUUUGCUAUAGCAUCUUAGCGCUGAAACUAUAAGUGUGCCCCUUCAUUAAUUUCAAGCAUUAUUGAAAAAUCAGUGGUGUCCAGGUAGAUCUGAAACUUUUUCAUUUGUCCUCAUAUUUUCCACAACUAAGUAGCAAUUGCUUUCCCCCCUUUACAUUGUGACAAAACAGGAAUAGUUUAUUUCAUGGUAAUAGCAGUGAACCAAUAUUACAGAAUUGGAAGUGCCUUACUGCUAAAAAUAACAUGCUAAUAAAUUGCUGCUUCUUUUAACAUAAUGGUGUGCAUACAGUCUGGUAACAGUACAGAAUUGAAUUCUGAUGUGGUUUAAGAGGGCAAGUGAACAGGUAGUGAAGAAAUGAAAGAGAAAUUAAUUAUUGACAGUGUGCAUUUAGUGAAGUGAAUAUCUGAAGAGAAUAUCUAUAUUCGAUAUUGUUUUAACUAAGACUUUAAAAUUGAUUUCCUUAACGUCGUGGAAGGUUGCUUAAGGGAAGCACUAAGUAGCAAAGCAAUUUUAGUGUAGAAGUAUCUUUCAAAAGAUUUCCCUGGUUCUUAGAAAAAUAUAUAUGUCUGCCAUUCAAAAAACAAAGUGCAUGUUCUUAGCUGCUUAUAAUGUCUUAAAGUUAUUUAAGAAAAUAAAAGCCCAGCUGCAACAGACAUAAGGCCUAUCUAGUCCAUCCUGGUCUCAGUCUCCAACCAGAUGCCCGUGAGAAGCCCGCAAGCAGGACAAGAGUGCUUCAUACUAUUAUAUGCCUAUUGUCUCUUCAUUUGAUUGUCUUUUAACAAGCCUAAGACUGCAAAUCAUGCAGACUGUGGGUUAUACAAAUGUAUUUUUCACUUCUUACAGGUUCGUGCUGUUCGCCCUAAAGUUCUUAUGAGGCUGUCAAAAACAAAGAAGCAUGUUAGCAGAGCCUAUGGUGGUUCCAUGUGUGCUAAAUGUGUUCGUGACAGGUAAUUUAUAAGCAUUUUUUUAAAUUCAUGGGCUAUAAUUUUUAGUUUCAAAUAUCUGUCUAGUAUCUUUUUGUAACUCCUCCUUAGUGUUGGCCCCUUCUUCAUGCAGCCACCUCUACCCUGAGCUUAGGCAACUUUAACGGCCUUUCAGCACUGAGUAAAAUAUCUGUUGUUGAUGCUUGCAUGUUAAAGUAGCUGUCCACCGCCUUGUGACUUGAUGUGAAAGGCAGUGUAGGAAUGUCUUUAAAAAAUAAAUAACUUUGCUACUGUAGAAAUCUGGAUGUUUUUUUUAAAUCCAACCUAACUCAUCCCUUCUUGAGAUACCAAUAACAGAAGACAAGUUUAUUUUACAAAUUGUGUUGUGGAUUUUGUUUUACUAAGUGAUUAUUGCUUGUUGUCUCAGAAUGAAAUAGCUUAUUUUGACUUCCAGCCAUAUCAGCUUGUAAGCAAUCAGCAGCAGAAGCUGUUUUGUAUUUAACCAUUCACCUGGUCAUCAUCGGUCACCAGGAAUUCCCUCCAGUUGGUAAGAGGGAACAAAAGAGAAACAGUGCAAUCUGUUCCUCCAUUGCCAGUGUCCUCCAUUGCCAGUGUAAGGGGACAAGGGACGUAGCGAGCACAGGGCUUGUUUCUGAUUUCUCAGACCAUGGUUUGGAGGCUUUUCUGAAUAUAGCCUGUGUGAUAAAAAAUGAACAAUGCUGAAAUAUUAACAAGUGCUUUCCUUUUUCUCUAGAAUCAAACGAGCAUUCCUUAUUGAGGAACAGAAGAUUGUUGUCAAGGUGCUAAAGGCCCAAGCACAGAGUCAGAAAUCAAAGUGAUAAUUUGUGUUGUCUGCCUAAUAAAUGAAGAUUUAACUUCCAUGUGUAGUGAUUUUUUUCCUGGAGAACUUAUCAAAUAUGUUCAGUAUUGAGAUGAACUCUGGAGUUGUAAGGGGUGGGGG